AUGGCCUUCCCGCGCGAGCCACACAUACUAUUUUUUGUCACACAUAUAACUUUUGGAGAUUUCCACUUUACCGCCAUGCACUUUUUGGGAUUUCCACUUUACCACCCGGCACUAUUGGAGAUCCCCACUUUACCACCAGCUGGACGGAAAAAGGACGCUUUCGAACGCUUCAAACGCUAUCGGAAAUCAAACUUUUGGUGCAGGUGUGAGAAAAAAAAUAUUUGCACCACUGUUCUAGGUGUACCAGUAAAUGUUGUGUGGGUGAUGGAUGUGUUAAAUUUGAAUGGAAUUAUGUAUGAAAAUCGUUGUUAA